ACUGCAUCCUGCGACCCAAGGCCCGUCUCCCUCCCCCUGUCGGCCAGCAGCACCAGGCGUCCCCGUCGGCCUCUCGAGCACAUCGCCAGGCCGCCACUCUCCCCCUUGGAUUCCUCUUCCUCAACCGGAGCGCCCUCCGUUUCGCCUCCCCCGCUUUCGUAAAACCAAUAGCCAUCCCCAUCAACAUGAUCGACCUCGCCCUCCUCCAGAACUUCAAGACCGAGGCCACCAUGUUGGCCCUCAUCGUGGUCUACCUGGCAUUCCACUACUACGGCAAGUCCUACAACCGCAAGCUGGCCACGGCUUGGUUCAAGGCUACGCUUCCGGUCUGGGAAAAGAACUUUGCCCAGGUCGGCAGCGGCAACGGCGCCAGACUUCAGUACGACGGCCCCUCGGACUAUGUUCUGUAUGCCACUGGCCGUGUCCACUGCAGAAGCAUCUAUGGCAAGGUUGAGCUCAAGCCCCGUCACGAUGUCCUUGCGACUGCUCUGCGCUUCAUUAUGAACCGAACUGGCCAGACUGAGCAGCUCUAUGACAACGUCACCAUCAACGUCCGUCUCAACACCGAGGAGUCCUCCAACUUCAUUUUCACCAUUCUUGAAAAGUCCUUUGCGGAUGAGAACCUGAAGCAGCGAUGGGAUCUGGACACCAUCCCCACCAAAGUCAAGAACCUGGUCGGAUUCCCCAAGGAGUAUGUCCUCCUCACCGAUGCUCCCGAGUUUGCCACCCUCGUGUGGUCUGAUCCCCAGUUCCAACAGGCCAUUUACGCCGGCCUUGGUCUGGACAAGAGCGGCAAGGGCACCGCCCUGAAGCGCCCCUGGCUCGAGCGAAUUGUUUUGACGGAUAUGCCCCACCAGAAGCCUGAGAACAAGGAGGAGCUCCAGCAGGCGCCCAAGACCCUGUCGUUCACCUUCCGCAUCCCCACCGACAUCGAAACCAACGCCGAAGCACAGGAAAGCGCCCGUGUGCUCAGCCAGAUGGCCAUGGACUUUGUCGAUUAUCUUGGCCAGUUUGGAAAGCUCUCCCAGGAGACCCAAGCCCGACUCGUCAAGAUUCGCGAGAACGCCGAGUACCAGGUCCUCAAGAUCGAAGAAGAGAAGCGAAAGCAGCAACUCCGGGACAAGAAGUAUGCCGAGAAGAAGGCCAGAUCCGACGCCAUCGUCAACCUCCCUCCCGAGGAGCAGCGCAAGUUUGAGGAGAAAGAGCGCAAGAAGGACCUCAAGAAGAACCAGAAGACUAGCAUGAAGAAGGGCCGCCUCAUUGUCAGCUAAACGCACCAGAGACCAGCAGAGCCACGGCGCCCGAGUGACGACCCAGAUAGAUGGAAGUAACUGCUCCAUUGUGUGUCGGCGGGCUCGUGUGCUCGCCGAUGCUGCCUCGAGCCCUGCUGUGGCUUCUGUCCAUCACGAAUGUGCUACUGAGUCCUAUAAUACAGAUCCUCUCGUAUCCAC